AUGUCCUCAGCCAGGAAUCUCCUCCAAAAAGCUGCUCGGGAAAUUGGCACACGACAUCGCGCUCUGCGCUUGGAAGGUGUACCGCACUGGGUGACACCAGGAGACAUCAGACGAAUGGCAGAACGUGCUGGCGCGAUAGGAAUCAGAGAUGCAUACAUCGAGUCGGAAAAGGGUAUUCAGACAGGGACAGCCUUCGUCGAGUUUGAAGCACCGUCUCUUACUCGUAAAGCAGCCGAUUUACUUAAAAACGCACAAAUAUCUGGUAUUCCGAUCACCAUUGCAGGCUACGUUCAUGCGAGGAGCCCAAAGUUUCACAAAAGGACGCGAAUAGAUCCUUUGAAACCUAUCGCACCCAUCGCACCGGCUACAGCGGUCAUCUAUGGGAUCCCAAAAUCGUUCAAGCUGAAAGACGUGAGGGCGUUUCUGCACGAAUACAAAUUUGCUACGUUUGGCACGCCAGAAGAAGCAUACGAGCGUGUGUUUGUGUGA